AUGCAUCCUCGUCUCCACAACGCAGUACACACGCAGCAAAUCCUGAAGAGACUCAAGACUUACUCUAGCACUACGUCAAUCAACAAGACGUUUCCAAACACGUCCAGCACUAACAAUUGCAGCCUUACAGGUUUUGCUCCUGGCUCCACUUUCCUGCUGCUCAUCUGUUCAGCUCCGUUAUGUAUGUACCUACCUACAGAUGACACCUCGUGUUCGUGAACCAAGACAUUGGCCAACCACUUUUCUGCAGCACCCAUUGCCCCGCCUUCUUUUCUCC